AUGCUUGCGAACAUAUUAUUACUGUCUCUUGUGGGUAGCCUCAGUUGGCUUCCCUCCACCAAUCAUUAUUACCAUCACCUCACCAUAGCUAGCAUCAGACCUACAGCCACCUCAAAGGACAUCUGGUUUUCCGCCUCUACCUCCUCAAAAAAACGUGUGUUUUACCAACUCUUCUGUCCAGCCUACAGUGUUCGACUUCAAUAA